GUAGAAUAUAAUGAUAGUAAAAUCUUGUCUGGAUGAAGUUUAACAAUUUGAUCAUGAAUCCUGUUUUUUUUUUGCAGCUUGAUCCACUGGUUGUGCAGGCAUUCAAAUGUAAAGUUGCAAGCAAGAAGGGGAGGAAAGAAAUUGAAUCUUUCACCAAUGUCUUAUCUGAUAUGUAUUCAUCUAUAGAGUUAUGGAUUCCACAAUUCGAGAAGGUUCUCUCCAGUCUGUCAGUGGAGUUUGACAAUCAGUUGGGACAAUCAUGUGAAGCUUCUCCAACUGUAAAUGCAGAAUUGAGCAAUAUUAUCUGCAGUAGAAAACAAACUGAUCUUGACUCCCAUGUCUCUCCUUCACCUCUUGUUUCUUGGCGUGCUGACUGUACCAUUGAAAACAGCAGGCAACUGUUUUUGCUCACACCAUUGCCGAGAUCUAAAGCACAUCCUUCCAAAAAUCGAUGCUCAUCUAAAUUGGCACAUAAAAGAAAUGUUGAUGCAGAUGCCCUUCCUGAUGCUAAUCUCACGUUACCAUCAUCAUUAUUUACUUUUGGAGAUACUAAUGAUGACUUGAUAGAAGGAGUUGAGUUGAAGCCAAAGCCAAAUGAAGUUUCCAAUUCUACUUUUGCUCAAACAGAAAAUACACCUGUUUCUGGUUUUCUUUCUCCACCAAGGUUUUCAUACAGAGAACGAUCUGUUUUUCUUAUGACCCCAUGUUUGAAAGUGUCACCUCCCAAGUCUUGUGUGGUGCUAGAACCAAUAUCUGAGUCAUCUCACCCAGAGAAUCAUGCCAUCCGUGAGUUGACUCCAUUUGUUUUUGGAAAUGAAGAUGGUACUUCUGAAUCAUCAAGCGGUGAAAUUACUCAAAGUUUGGCAUUGAAGUAUCCAGAGCUGUUUGGGACAAAGCUGACUCAUAAGCAGGAAAUUGGAAGGCAAGUAGAAGCAUCCCCAGCCUGGUUUAUAUCACCUCCCAAAACAUGUGUAUUGAUGGAGCCACCAGAUAAGAGGCUGUCAAUCAACCCAGCUACUAAAGGGGACCUGUCCAAGAGUGUGUUUGGAGAGAAUAAACAUCACAUCUCUGCAAAAGACCAAGAUAUGCAAUGGGAGCAUCAGCUAACCAAAAGAUCAGGUUAUCAAGGACUUAAAUGCACAAACAUUGGACUUCUGGAAAGCACCCCUGUGUGGGAAUCAGAUAGCACAUUACAAACUGGUAAGCGUCAGGGUGAGAACACUCUGAAGAGGGAAUUGUGGACAAAAUUUGAAGCAGCAUCUUCAAGUCAACGACAUUUUGAUGUAUCCAUUUGCCAAGAAACAAAGCGAAAAGGAUUUCUUGAUAUGCUUGAAGAAGUCUCUAGUGGGAAUACAAGUUCAUCAGCCAAAGGUUUAUAACAGCUAUAAUGGGCAUAAUGUCAGAAUUUUUAUCUGUAAACGAAGCUAUUUUGGAAAUUGCUGGGCUUAGUGAUUGACAAGUUAGUUCUACACUUGUACUGCUUGUAAAUCCUAUGAUGUUGAUCAA